AUGGGCUCAGGCUACGCAAAGGUUGGAUGCAUUGCGCUCACAUUCUAUGUUCUCAUCUCUUUCCUGAUUAUUCCGAUCUUCCGACGCUACCACCAACGAUAUUCCCAAUACCUUCCUCUACAUAGCAUCUCCGCGCAUACCCUUUCCCUACGAGAUCGCAUGGCUGACGCAGUCAUGCGCUUUUUUCUUCCACGGUCAUGGCAACCGGGUGCCCACAUGGAGGACCACGCCAAUAUUGACAUUGAUGACGAUGAAGGGGAGCUUAUGCUUGGGAUGGGUAUGGAUGCCGCGCGUCGAGAAGCCUUGGAGCGACGGCGCAGUACCGCCCCAGAUACCCAAAGUCGACUGAGUCGAGAGUUGGAGGAGGGCUUCAUGGAUGAUAGCGACGACGAACACAAUGAAAAUAAUGGACGCAGUGGACGCUAA